AUUGGCCAUUAUCAGUAAGUGAUUUAAAAAAAACUGGUACUAUUAUCGAGAAAGAAAUUAUCAACAAUAUAAUAGAUAAUGAAGUUGAUACUAAAGUUGAAAAUUUUAAAAAAUACUCAGAAAAGAGUUUUGAGAAAAAUUUUGAAGAACAAUUUAACAAAAAAUAUCAUGAAGAUUAUGAAAAUUCUGAGACAUAUUUUGAAGAGGAUUUUGAAGAGUAUUAUAAAAGCAAUUUUGCAACCAACUUCGAAGAUGAUUAUUAA